ACACCGGACGUAGAACGGGAGACUCAUCAUUCGCUCCUGUCAAGCCUCGUCGGUGCACUCACAAGCUCCCCUUUCAACCUUCUCAACGCAGUCAACAUGAGAGAGUGCAUCAGUGUACAUGUGGGCCAGGCUGGUGUACAGAUCGGCAACGCCUGCUGGGAACUGUACUGCCUGGAACAUGGCAUCCAGCCUGAUGGUCAGAUGCCCUCUGACAAGACUGUGGGAGGCGGUGAUGACUCCUUCAAUACUUUCUUUAGUGAAACAGGCUCAGGCAAGCACGUCCCCAGGGCAGUCUUUGUCGACCUGGAACCCUCUGUCAUAGAUGAGGUUCGUACGGGCACGUACCGUGCAUUGUUCCACCCAGAGCAGCUUAUCACUGGUAAGGAGGAUGCUGCUAACAACUACGCUCGUGGUCACUACACCAUCGGCAAAGAGAUUGUUGAUGUGGUCCUGGAGAAGGUUCGCAAGCUGGCUGACCAGUGUACAGGUCUGCAAGGGUUCCUCAUCUUCCACUCGUUCGGAGGUGGCACUGGCUCCGGAUUCACCUCCCUCCUUAUGGAACGACUCUCUGUCGACUACGGCAAGAAGAGCAAGCUGGAAUUUGCUAUCUACCCAGCCCCUCAGGUAGCUACAGCAGUAGUCGAGCCCUACAACUCUAUCCUGACGACGCACACCACGCUGGAACACUCUGACUGCGCCUUCAUGGUGGACAACGAGGCCAUCUACGACAUCUGCCGCAGGAAUCUGGACAUCGAGCGUCCCACCUACACUAACCUCAACCGUCUCAUUGGUCAGAUCGUUUCCUCCAUCACCGCCUCCCUCAGAUUUGAUGGCGCCCUGAACGUAGACCUGACGGAGUUCCAGACUAACCUGGUGCCCUACCCUCGCAUUCACUUCCCUCUCGUCACCUAUGCUCCAGUUAUCUCUGCAGAGAAGGCUUACCAUGAGCAGCUCUCCGUUGCUGAGAUCACCAACGCUUGCUUUGAGCCUGCCAACCAGAUGGUCAAGUGUGACCCCCGUCACGGCAAGUACAUGGCGUGUUGCCUUCUCUUCCGCGGCGACGUGGUUCCCAAGGAUGUCAACGCUGCCAUUGCUGCCAUUAAAACCAAGAGAACCAUCCAGUUCGUAGACUGGUGCCCUACUGGCUUCAAGGUGGGUAUCUGCCCAUAUCCCCUACCCUCCAUAACCCAGUUCCAGAUUCAUCUGCCACCUGCCCCAUUUCUAGAUUCACCUACCACCACCUGUCCCGGUUCUAGGUACGUUGGAGAAGGAAUGGAAGAAGGUGAGUUCUCAGAGGCCCGUGAAGACUUGGCAGCCCUCGAGAAGGACUACGAGGAAGUGGGACUCGACUCUGCUGAGGGUGAGGGCGAGGAGGAGGAGGGGCAGGAGUAUUAG